AUGUCCCACCACGUGUUGAUUACUGGAGCUUCGGGCUACCUGGGAGGAACACUCCUCGCUCGACUAUCGACCCUGCAGCUGGCCGGCCUCGGCAAGAUCUUUGCUCUGGUGAGGACAGAUGCGCAGGCGGAUGCUUGCCGGCGAUAUGGCGCGGAGCCGCUGCAGUUCGACGCAUACGACCAAGCAGCCAUCCGCAAGGCGAUCGUCGAAAGCCAGAUCACCAUCGUCUAUUUCCUGAUCGAUUGCGACAAGUUCGAGAACCAAGAGUUCUUCAUCCAAGCCCUUGCCGAGUCUAGGAGGAUUACUGGGUUGGAGGCUCACUUUAUCUUCACCACCGGAACAAAACAAUUUGGCAGCUACUGCGGUGCGCCAACUGAUCGGCCUCUGCUAGAUACUGAUCCAGAGUUGUAUAACAUCCAGAAGUCCCAACGCACCGAGCAUCCAUGGGGUCAAACUUCCGUCCAGGUGAAUUGCAGCGUCAUCGACAAAGGGCUGGAGUACGGUGUACGAACAUACAUCUUCUCGCCCUGCAUGGUUUAUGGAAAGGGAGAGGGAUUCGGAAACCAAAUCUCUAUCCAGGUCGUUGAUAUCGUUCGGGCCGCUAAGGCAGCGGGCCGUGUUUAUCAAGUCGAAUCCGAGCAGAAUGCAUGGCCUGUAUGCCACAUUACGGACAACACGAACCUCUACAUCCAGAUCCUUCGGUCAAUUGUCGCGGGCAAGAAUCCUGGAUACGGGAAAAAUGGCUACUAUCUCGCAUCAUCUGGCCGCGUGGCUUGGAAUCAUGUUUACGAAGCAAUGGCCGCUGCUUUGGCUAGACGAGGUGUCAUUGACGACGCGACGGUCGUUCAAGCCGAUGAUGCCGCGCUGGAGAAGAUGGCCGCCGCCUUGGGGACAUACAGCUCGUUCGUGGGGGCGAGAAUCGCCGGGCAGUCUACAUAUACUGCAGAGCAUGGAAAGAGAAUUGGCUGGGCGCCUCAAUACCCGCCUCAGCAUAUUCUAAGUGCUGCGGACGACGAGGUGGACUUCAUACUAAAGAAUCUGAAGUAG